AUGGGGGGGACGGGCCGAGUGCGUGAUGGAUGGCACCUUCUCCCCUGGACAGGCCUGGAGGACAAUUAUUUUGCCAACAAACUACGUCAAAGAGAGAAGAGGGCCCUGAUGUUGGGUGGCAAGACCAAGGCUCCGACCACCCCAGGCCUUGGAGCUGCAGCGUCCUUGGCCAGGGAAGAGGAAGAAGACUUGCCUUCCACCCCGGACAGAGGCUGGUGCUCCACGUGGGGUGGAGGACAUAUCUCCACCUUUGACAAAUACCUCUACGAUUUUGGGGGGACGUGCAACUACAUCUUCGCCGCCGUCUGCGAUGACGCGUCCCCCGACUUCGACAUCCAGCUGCGCAGGGGUCCCGGCAACAAGAUCGCCAGGAUCAUCAUCGAGGUGGGGCCCUCCUGCAUCACCGUGGAGGACUCGGCCAUCUCCAUCAAGGAUGUGGGGGUGGUCAGCCUGCCCUACACAGGCAAUGGGCUCCAGAUCACACCCUUUGGACAGAGCGUGCGGCUGGUGGCAAAGCUCCUGGAGAUGGAGCUGGUGGUGAUGUGGAAUGGCAACGACUACCUCAUGGUCAUGGUCGAGGCGAAGUACAUGAAAAAGACCUGCGGACUGUGUGGGAACUUUGACGGAGAAGAAAACAAUGAGUUCCAGAGCGAAGGCAAGUUCCUGGAAGCAUACGAAUAUGCCGCCCUGCAGAAGCUGGAUGACCCCACGGAGAUCUGUGCCUACGAGGAGCUGCCCACCGCCAACAGCAUGCCCAGGGACUAUACCCAGCUGUGUCUCCAGCUGUUGACCCAGGUGGGCCCCGACUGCAACGUGUCCAAGGACGCCUUUGCUGCCCGCUGUCAGAUGGACCUGCGGGCCUGCCCGGAGCCGGCCAGGCCCAACUGCAGCUGCCACACGCUGUCCGAGUACUCCCGCCAGUGCUCCAUGAGCGGCCAGCAGGUCACCAACUGGAGGAGGCCCAACUUCUGCUCUCUGGAGAAGUGUCCUGCCAACCAGAUAUACAAGGAGUGCGGGACGCCCUGCAGGAAGACGUGCUCCAACCCAGCACACAGCUGUCCCAGCUUCUGUACCUUUGGCUGCUUCUGUCCUGAAGGCACGGUGCUCGAUGACAUCACCGGGAACCACAGCUGUGUGCCCAUCGAGCAGUGCCCUUGCACACUUAACAGAGUCAUCUACGCCCCGGGACAAGUCAUGAAAGCCGCCUGCAGGACCUGCCAUUGCGCCUCGGGCCAGUGGAACUGCUCGGAGCUGCCGUGUCCGGGCAGAUGUUCCCUGGAGGGAGGGUCCUUCAUCACCACUUUUGACUCCCGGCCGUACCGCUUCCACGGAACCUGCACCUACAUCCUGGUCAAGAGCCCGAGCCUGCCCAACAACGGGACCCUCAUGGCCGUGUACGACAAGUCUGGCUACUCUCACUCAGAGACCGCACUUGUGGCCGUCAUCUACACGUCGACCAAGGACAAGAUCGUGAUUUCUCAAGACGAACUCCUCACAGAUGAUGGGGACGUCAAGUGGCUGCCGUACCAAACAGGUGACAUCACAAUCUUCAGGCAGACCUCCACCCACCUGCAGAUGGCCACCCUCUUCGGGCUGGAGCUCGUGGUGCAGCUGCGGCCCGUCUUCCAGGUCUACGUGAGAGUCGGCCCCCAGUUUAAAGGCAACACCCGAGGACUCUGCGGGAACUACAACGGAGACACGACAGAUGACUUCCUGACCAGCAUGAACAUCAUCGAGGGCACGGCCUCCCUCUUUGUGGACUCCUGGAGGUCGGGAAACUGCCCCAGCGCGCUGGAGCGCGAGACCGACCCCUGCUCCAUGAGCCAGCUCAACAAGGUGUGCGCAGAGUCUCACUGCUCGGUGCUGGUGAAGAAAGGGACCGUGUUCGAGGCUUGUCAUGCCGUGGUCAACCCAGCGCCCUUUUACAAGAGGUGCGUUUACCAGGCCUGCAACUACGAGGAGACCUUCCCCUACAUCUGCGCGGCCCUGGGCUCCUACGCCCGCAUGUGCGCCUCUAUGGGGCUCGUCCUGACCAACUGGAGGAGCGCCGUGGACAACUGCACCGUCUCCUGCGCGGGAAACCAGACCUUCAGCUAUGAGAGCCAGGCCUGUGACCGCACCUGCCUGUCCCUGGCUGACCGCAGCCUCGAAUGCCACCCCAGCGACAUCCCGGUGGAUGGCUGCAACUGCCCCGAAGGGACCUACCUGGACCACAAGAACGAAUGUGUCCGCCGGUCCCGCUGCCCCUGCUUCCUGGAAGACCGCAAGUUCAUUCUGGCCGACCAGUCCACCAUCAUCCGUGGAAUUCCCUGCUACUGUGUCAAUGGGAAGCUCAGUUGUACAGGCAAACCUUCUGAUCCCUCAGAAUCCUGUAAGGCUCCCAAGAAAUACCUGUCGUGCUCCCAGUCCUCAGACAGCAAGUAUGGCGCUGCCUGUGCCCCCACUUGCCAGAUGUUGGCCACUGGCAUAGAGUGUGUACCCACCAAAUGUGAGUCUGGCUGUGUCUGUGGUGGGGGGCUCUACGAAGACCUGAAUGGGGACUGCGUGCCCCCCGAUGACUGCCCCUGCGAGUUCGGGGGCCUUUCUUACAGCAGAGGAGCCCAGAUUCAAACAGAGUGCAAGACGUGCACCUGCAUGCGGGGGAAAUGGCAAUGCGCCAAGAAAGACAAGUGCUCCUCCACCUGCGCCCUCUACGGGGAGGGCCACCUGACCACCUUUGACGGGCAACGCUUUGUGUUUGACGGCAACUGCGAAUACGUCCUGACGACGGAUGGCUGUAGUGUCAACAAUUCUGAUUCCACCUUCAAGAUUGUGACAGAAAAUGUUGUCUGUGGAAAGUCAGGGGUCACCUGCUCUCGGGCCAUCAAACUCUUUAUUGGGGACCUGUCCCUCGUGCUGUCGGACGCCACGUACACCAUCACGGGGCAGAACCCCAGGGUGAGCAUCCACGUGAAAAAGAACGCUCUGCACCUGGUGUUCGACAUCCUCAUCCCCGGCAAGUUCAGCCUGACUCUGGUCUGGAACAAACGCAUGAGCGUCUCCAUUAAGGUGUUCCGGGACUCCCAGGAUCCCCUGUGCGGCUUGUGCGGGAAUUACAACGGCAACAUGAAGGACGACUUUGAGACCCGCAGCAAGUACGUGGCCUCCAGCGAGUUGGAGUUCGUGAACUCCUGGAAGGAGAAUCCCCUGUGCGGUGACAUCAGCUUCGUGGUGGAUCCCUGUCUCCAAAACCCCUACCGCAAGGCCUGGGCCGAGAAGAAGUGCGCCAUCAUCAACAGCAACACUUUCUCUGCCUGUCAUAGCAAGGUCUACCGCAUGCCUUACUACGACGCCUGCGUGCGUGAUACCUGUGGCUGUGACUCCGGAGGGGACUGCGAGUGCAUGUGUGACGCGGUGGCAGCCUACGCCAAGGCGUGCUUGGACGUGGGUGUCUGUGUCGACUGGAGGGCUCCCGACUUCUGCCCUCUCUACUGUGACUUCUAUAACACCCACAAACUCACCAGCGGAGAUGGCAGCUAUGAGUACACGAGGGAUGCCAACUGUACCUGGCACUACCAGCCCUGCCUCUGCCCAUUCUACCCCCAGAGCAACAGAUACAUCAACGUCGAAGGCUGCUAUAACUGCACUCUGGACCACUACUUUGACCAUGAGGAGGGCCGAUGUGUCCCUUGCUCUAAAACACUUCUCCCGACUCCAUCAACGGCCACAACAGGUGAAUGUAGCACCUCUAAAUGUCAAGGACCACACUCCAAGACCACCCACCAGACCACCAGGGGAACAGAAACCACCACUGUAUUCACCACCAAGCCUUCGUCAAGCUCCCUCCAGACACCCAGCACGUCAUCAAGGUUGACCAGGCCAACUGGGAGCAUCAGCUCUUCUUCCAGACCAACCUCAGCCAGCCCUGUCACUUUCCCAACAAGCCCCCAGGCCUCUGGAAGGACCACCUUAGCAGUCCUCACUAGCACGCGGCCCAGGAUCACGAGUGCAAUUCCCUGGAGCACCACCAUCACAGUGGCAGUCACCUCCUCAGCCCUCUCGGAAACCCCAGGCACCCGCCCACUGGGCUCCACUGUGAGGACUUCACCCAUCACAGAGGCCACUUCAGAGAAUCCAGGCUCCUUCCCAACAACAACCACACAAUCUACAGCGCGAUCCACGGCGAGGACCACAGCAACCUCAGGGACGUCGCUGCGGCCCACACUGACCAUAGCCACGCCGGCAGGGACUUCAAGAGGGCCAGAAUCUCAGCCACAUACUGGGCAUUCGGUAACCACAGGAACCCCUGAAAGCAACCAGACAAGGACAACCACGAGAGGUCAGGUAACAAAGACACCAGUUCCAUGGCCAGAAGCCAGCAGCACCAGCAAGCCAGAGUCGCCAGGUCCCAGCCCAACAUCCCAAAAGAAACCUCACACUACAGAAAUGGCCAUGGAAAUAACGAGCAUCCUACAAUCUACCACCAACCUGAACAGGCCCACCGCGACAGGAACCACAAACGCCCAAACAACAGGGACUGGCUCCCAAGCUUCACAUACAACCACAACAUUAUCACCCACAACCUCGAGUCAGAGCACAACUCGAGCCUCAUCUACUGGUCCCAACACCUCUUCAGUCACUCCACCUAAACACACAACCACUGCACCCCUUUCUAAACCCAUCACCACAACUACAAGCACAACUCGCACAACCAUUCCCCAAACUGGUUCUGUCCCUACAGGGACCACCAUAAAACCCACAGGCCCUAGCACUCUCACAAACAUCUUCUACUACACUCACCACGGAGACCGUGAAGGGUACCACUGGAACCACACCAACGGGGACACCCUCCCACUCUUCACAAACAACCACAACUUUAUCUCCCACAGCCUCGAGUCAGAGCACAACUCGAGCCUCAUCUACUGGGACCACCAUAAAACCCACAGGCCCUGGCACUGCUGGGAUAAUGUCAACCACUGGCACACAAUCAGGCACACACACACAGCACAGCACAACCAUUCCUUCCUCUUUGCCGACAUCCACCACUCUCCCUCACACAACAAUGACCACCUCAUCUCUCCCUUCCAGCUCACAAACAUCUUCUACUACACUCACCACGGCGACCGUGAAGGGUACCAUUGGAAUUACACCAACGGGGACACCCUCCCACUCUUCACAAACAACCACAACUUUAUCACCCACAGCCUCGAGUCAGAGCACAACUCGAGCCUCAUCUGCUGGUCCCAACACUUCUUCAGUCACUCCAUCCAAACACACAACCACUGCACCCCUCUCCCAAACAUCUUCUACUACACUCACCUCGGCCACCGUGAAGGGUACCACUGGAUCCACACCAACUGGGACACCCUCUUCACAUACAACCACAACUUUAUCACCCACAGCCUCGAGUCAGAGCACAACUCGAGCCUCAUCUGCUGGUCCCAACACUUCUUCAGUCACUCCAUCCAAACACACAACCACUGCACCCCUGUCUAG